GAAGAGAGGCGGCGGGAAGAGGCGAAGAGGAGUUCGCUGGGACCGUUUUUAUUUCCAACCGGGAAGGGAGUAUCCCUGACAAAGGUGUGGACGCCCGUCGCGAGGAGCCGCCUUCGCCAUGCCGCGGGAGAUCAUCACUCUUCAACUGGGACAGUGUGGCAACCAAAUUGGGUUUGAAUUCUGGAAACAGCUUUGUGCAGAACAUGGCAUUAGCCCCGAGGGUAUUGUUGAAGAGUUUGCCACUGAGGGUACUGACCGCAAAGAUGUUUUUUUCUACCAGGCAGAUGAUGAGCACUAUAUACCCCGAGCUGUUCUCCUAGACCUGGAACCACGAGUGAUUCAUUCAAUUCUGAACUCCCCAUAUGCCAACUUGUAUAACCCAGAAAAUAUAUAUUUGUCUGAGCAUGGUGGUGGAGCUGGGAACAACUGGGCCAGUGGUUUUUCACAGGGAGAAAAGAUUCAUGAAGAUAUCUUCGACAUUAUAGACAGAGAAGCUGAUGGCAGUGACAGCUUAGAGGGUUUUGUGCUAUGCCAUUCUAUCGCAGGCGGGACUGGUUCUGGUUUGGGCUCUUACCUCCUGGAGAGAUUAAAUGACAGGUACCCUAAGAAAUUGGUGCAGACAUACUCUGUCUUCCCAAACCAGGAUGAGAUGAGUGAUGUUGUGGUGCAACCAUACAACUCUCUAUUGACACUAAAGCGGCUGACACAGAAUGCUGAUUGUGUGGUGGUUCUAGACAACACAGCUCUGAAUCGCAUUGCUACAGAUAGACUACACAUCCAGAAUCCCACCUUUUCCCAGAUCAACCAGCUGGUCUCCACCAUUAUGUCUGCUAGUACCACCACAUUGCGAUACCCAGGCUACAUGAACAAUGAUUUGAUAGGAUUGAUUGCUUCCCUUAUUCCUACUCCAAGGUUGCACUUCCUUAUCACAGGCUACACACCUCUUACCACAGACCAGGCUGUAGCAAGUGUACGCAAAACCACUGUACUUGACGUGAUGCGACGUCUAUUGCAGCCCAAGAAUGUUAUGGUAUCUAUGGGGCGAGAUCGUCAGACAAACCAUUGCUACAUUGCCAUUCUUAACAUCAUCCAGGGAGAAGUGGAUCCCACCCAGGUCCAUAAGAGUUUGCAGCGGAUCCGGGAGAGAAAACUGGCCAACUUUAUUCCUUGGGGCCCAGCCAGCAUUCAAGUGGCACUUUCUAGGAAAUCUCCAUACUUGCCGUCAGCACACAGGGUCAGUGGUCUGAUGAUGGCUAAUCACACGAAUAUCUCUUCGCUCUUUGAACGUACUUGCCAUCAAUAUGACAAACUACGCAAACGGGAAGCCUUCCUGGAGCAGUUCCGCAAGGAGGACAUGUUUAAGGAGAACUUUGAUGAACUUGAUGACUCUCGCAAGAUUGUACAGGAGCUGAUAGAUGAAUACCAUGCUGCCACUCGGCCCGACUACAUCUCCUGGGGCACACAAGAGCAAUGAGUGGGACUGUAGGGUUGCUGUCAUCUGGAAUCUUUCUUCUGAAGCAAGAUUCUUCUCAGUAUAUCAGCCCUUCCCUUCCUAUGACCCAUUUCUUUUUGGAGAAGAGGCACUUACAGGCACCUAAUUGAGAGAAAGGAAUCUGGGUGCUAUUUUGGCACUGAGACUAGGAUCCUCUGUCACUUACCAAGCGGCAACCGAAUGUUCCCAUUACUGGGCCGGAUUUCUCCCUGCCUUCUUGGGGAACCAGGCUAUAUCUGCCAUUUUCCCUUGGACCAGGAAUCCUUAGCCUUGGUUAGUAGCAAGCAGUAACAGUGUAAUUUCUUUUUUGUUUGUUCCUUUUUAAUGUUCUUCAGAAGCUUGUUCCUCUUCCAAGCUGUUUUCAUGAUGCACCUCUAUGUAUUUAAACACAUUUCUGUUGGCAUAAGUACAAAGUGAAUAAUGAACUCUGAUGCCUAUGGGCAUUUAAAAAUAACACGUAUUUCUGCAUAAUACUAACUUUCAUUUUUUUAUUGCUGAUUCUGUGGGCAUUAACUGUGUUGCAGCUAUGUUGAUGAGUAAUGGGUUAAGAGAUGCCAGAACAGGAAAGAGAAGAUUAAUAGUCAAGGCAAAAGGAGUAUUGGUACAGGCCUAGCUCUCUGUAUGAUAAUUUGAAUACUCUCUUCAGUGAGGAGGUUGGUGGUGGGUGGCAAAGGGACAGUUGUUCUGUUGAGAAAACAGCGUCGUAGAAAUUUUAUCCUGUGAGGCCAGUCGUGGAUGGAGAUGGAACAUACAGACACCUUUUUAAUGUUGCUGGACCAGGCAAACCUUUGACUUAAGCCCUUAUUCCCUCUUCUAGACACCGAAUUUGUUUUCUAAUUGCUCUUACUUCAAUCUUCAUAUAUGCUUAUAAGCCUCCCUGCUUGUCUAAAUCUCAGAUUCUUGUGGAAAAUACAUCUUCUGUAACUCAGAAGUGGGUAGAGUGGUCUGUGAGCUCUAUGCAGCCCCUGGGGCAUUUUUGCUCCCUCUGAAGUAGCAAAAAUAUUUUUUUCUACAAGACUAUUGUAUGGUUUCAAUUCAGUUGGGGUGUUGGGAAUUGGUGUUGGGAAUUCCCUAAAGAUCAUAUUCACCCCAAAAUUUCCCCAGAAUUGGAAAAAAAUAAAACCAGAAAUGCCUAUCGAGACACUUCCUGUUUACAUUUUUUUAAAAAAGGCUGAAAACAGAUAUUUUUCAGUUUAUUGUAGCAUACAGAGGGGGCUGGCUCCCCACACCUAAGCUUGCUCUCCUCUGCUAUUAUCUACUGUAAAUAUAGUUUACAAAUAGUGUUUUAUUCUUUUAUUUUUUACUGUCAGCAUGAUCUCUAUUGGCAUGUACAGUGUUUGCUACUGUAUCAAUAAUGUGGCACUUUGCACAGGAACUGGUUGCAGCAUUUUAAAACUUCCUUUUUAUUUGCCCCAAUUUUGAUUGCUCCCCGCUUUCCUCUUGCAGAGUCCCACUCCAGUCCAAAAACCACCUAAUGGUUUUUGAAAAGAAAAUAAGUUUUUACACCCAUAAGACUCAUCUUGUGUCUGAAAGAGAUACUGCAGUAAAGUAGGGUUAUGAAGGGAGUGCUAUAGUAAAUAAAAAGCUGUGUUAGUC